AUGCCCGUCCUUGGCUUCUUCAACUUCCAACCAGGUGUAACAAAUCGUGGUUUUGUCUGCCCCAUUCCAGGGCUGACACCAAAGACAAAGCUUCUUUUUAAAGUUGCUCCGGUCUUCGGGACGCUCGCUGCAAUCUUUCUUCUCUAUGCCUUCCACGUCCUCGUACGUUGCAAGAGAGGUUUUCUUCGACCUGAUAUUUCUCCCUACCUUCAAGCCAGCGUCAAAACAGUGUUCCUUGGCUACGUCACCCUGGCUACUGUCAGUAUUUCGCUAAUUCGCUGUGUCCCCGUUGCAGACAAGCUCAGAUGGUUUUACAAUGGAAACGUCGUAUGCUACGAAUGGUGGCAAUAUGCAUCGUUCAUUUUCAAUGCCAUCUUUGUCGUUCCAUUCAUAUUCGUUCUCGCUUGGAUUCCGUUCAAGCUUUACAAAGAUAAAAUAACCGUCAGAAAUUUCCUCCUAGCUGUUGUUUGUCCUCUGUCGUUCUUGUUUCAAAGGCUAUUUCGCAUCGUUUGUCGAUCUGAAGACGAACAUGCCGAGGAUAGCGAAAAUUUGAGCGCUUUAAAAGAGUUGCUUCUAGGUCCAUACGCACAGCCAAAUGAAACGAGCAAGCGAGGAGCUUUGUAUUGGCAGAGCAUUUUGAUUGCUCGUCGAUUUAUUUUGGUUGUAAUAUUUUGCGUGGUGACCGAGCCAUCCAUCAGAUUAUUCUGCAUGACGCUUGCCUGUCUUUUCAUUCUAUGCCUUCAUCUCAAAAUUAAACCAUUUCAAAAUUCUUUCUCGAACAACCUCGAGUCCAUUUCCUUGAUGUUUUUGAUAGUUUUAGCUCUGAUCAACCUGUUUAGGUCCGUGUUUUCUAGUUCUCAUCAAAACAUCGAGGGACCUUUCGUGCCAGUUUUCAAAGCUUUCAAAUGGCUGGAGGUUCUUAUUUUAGGGAUGUUUCCGGCAAUUCUUGUUCUUCUUGUAUGCUUUGCAAUUAUUUCGAUAUUCGCUCGUUUUCUUUUCGUUUGCAGCAGGGCUUGUCUUAAAUGUUUCUCCAGACUUUGUCGCAAGAGGCGUUUGCGAAGUGAUUCGAAUUCUAGUGUUCUUGUAAACUUUUGUGACAGGAACGAUGAGGAAUAGCGAGACUCUUGUCGUGUGUAUUGUAAGAUACUUGCAAAGUUAAGUUUAGUUGAUAAAGUUGAUUUUUUCUAGCCAAUUGGCAAUUAACAUAAUAUAAAAGCAGUUGUAUUGUGACAUAAGCGUAUUUUUUCGUGUGUAUUGCAAAGUUAAGUUUAGUUGAUAAAGAUAAUUCUUUCUAGCUA